AGCUCUCCAAUGUAUUGUACAUUUUCUCCAUCUCUCCGCGCCUUGGCUGCGCCGCCGUACACCCCUGUCCUACCUAAUACGGACUCCGAGGCAGACGGAGCUCGGUCGGCUUACCAUCAACAACACCCGUGUUUGUGCGCCCAAAGAGGCUCGCUCGCGCUACUUUUUCGCGGGUACCCCUAAGUUUAGGGCAGAUGUGCUUGACGGACAGGGCAACCGUUUGAUAUGUGUGUGAUGGGUGUGUGUCUGUGACUGUGCGCGUGUUUUUGCUUUUCUUUUUCUUUUUUUUUUCUUUUUUUUUCGGGGACUCGAACCAUCGUGGGUGCGGGUUCGAUUCCCGGCCGUGGAGAAAAAAAAAUUAUUCUGGUGUCCGGUUCGAGAGUCGUUUCUUUUUGGUUCUUCCACAUGGCGCUCUUUGUUUUUGCGUUGAAUUCUUGUUUUUUGGAGCUUUAAAACGGACCGUACAACUUCAGCACGCCCUUCGUUAACGUUAAAUAGGGAAAGGAGUGUCCGGCUUGUAAGAUAACACACACGUACACGCAAAAAGACUGGCGACGAUUCAUUCUCGAUCGGAGAGAGACCUUCGAAACAGACGACACGUAUGAAAUUCUCAGCACACGCUGCACGAUUAUAAAGUUCUCCCGUACAAUGCUGGAAACUAUGUUGAUCCCAAAAUUCGAAAAAUUCAGCGACCUGCGUCUGAAGGAGGGUAAGAUGGCUGGACUGCUGGAUCGCAGGGAAACCGUUUUUUCUCCAUGUAUACUGAAGCCAAAUUCAACCCCGAGAGCGCCAACGCCUCCCCAGCCUGAAAGCAACGAAGUCGAUGAUGCAGGCAGUAUGGACUACCGGUUCGAAGAAGCCCGUCUCCAGAGCUUCGAGAACUGGCCCUCGCCCUACGUACGCCCAGCCGACUUAGCAGCAGCAGGCUUCUAUUACACGAAGCAAAUCGAUCGAGUGCGUUGCUUCGAGUGCAAAACUGAGAUUUGCUGCUGGGAAGACGGCGAUGACCCCAUGUCCGAGCAUCAGCGCUGGGGUGGUCGUUGUCGUUUUAUUAGAAAGUUGCCUUGCGGUAACGUGCCCAUUGGCGCGGAUGCCAGUGCGAUACCACCUCCAAGACCUCGAGGACGCGACGUUUGCGGACCUUACGGUCUAGAUUACAGGCUAAGCGCUGAGGCUGAUACGCAUGCCGCCACCAUGAAUCCGUCAUCCUCUUCGUCGACGGGCGAGUCGAAGGACCAGUCGCAAAUGUUGCCCUCGCCUGCUAGAUUGGGCACCCUUGGAAUCGCGAUUGCCAAGAAGCCCGACUUUCCUGACUAUCAGAGUUACGAGGCUAGGUUGGCAUCGUUUGCCGACUGGCCUGCUUCGAUGGCUCAGACCAAGGAGAAGAUGGCUGAGGCUGGCUUUUUCUAUUCCGGGACUGAGGAUCAGACCACUUGCUAUCACUGUGGCGGUGGUUUGAAGAAGUGGGAGCCACAGGACGAUCCCUGGGUCCAGCAUGCCAAGUGGUUCUCGACUUGCUUUUACGUGAGGGUUGUUAAGGGACAAGAGUUUAUUAAUGGUGUCGUUGGAAAAGAAAUGCCCUCGCUAUCCGAAGAGGAAAUAAGUAGGAUGAACCUUCCUGGCUACAUACAAAAAGUUAAUGCCUCCUCGAUUCUUCAAAAGCGCGAAAUGAAGCAGGAACAGACUGAACAAUCUCAGAUGGAAGAGUCAAGCGAAAACACUGCGGGACCGAGCACCGCGUGCCCGACUCCUAUGCCUCGCACUAAAGUUAAUGAGACAGUAGCCACGGUUUCCAUGGUAAACUCAAAUAGUAGUAGCGAUAUUGUUGAGCAACAGCAACAGGAACAAGAACAAGAACAGCCUCAGCAGGCUCAAGUUCAGCAGUUGCAACAGCAGCAGGAAAAAGAGCAGCAGGUGUUGCCCACAGAAAAGAAACCCAUGGAUGACGCGCGUGCCUGCAAAAUCUGCUACAAUGAGGAAUUGGGAAUCGUAUUUCUUCCGUGCGGACACAUUGUGGCGUGCAUCAAGUGUGCCCCAGACAUGACGACUUGCGCUGUCUGCAGGAAAAAGGUAGACAUGAUCGUGCGCGCCUUUUUCUCUUAGUACGUUUCAAAGCUGUGGGCUAGUGGUUGGCUCGGGAACAACUUUAUUCGACGAGUAGUUUUCAUUGUCGCUUCUGUAACGUCGUCGUCAUUCGGUUGAAAAAAAAAAAAAAAAAAAAAAAAAGAAAAGAAAGAAAAAAAACCAUAAUUAGGAAGGCUUCGUUUUGAAAGGACGUUUUUGGUGUUCUUCUCCCACCUUUCCCCACGUGACACGUAAGAAAACGAAACGUAGCCGAUGAGAGUAAGACGACAUUGAAGCUGAUAAUGACAUGACCUGACUCAUGCGCCUCAUCUGGUAUAAACUAUAAACACAAAAGUGACAAACAGUUUUAUUUGUGUUUAUAGUUUUCCAUGAUUGUUGAAAAUGUAUUAUUAAUACAAAGGACGUACCUUGCGAUCGACGCAUGAUGUCUAGUCAUUUUCAGUAUUAAUUUAAGUUUUUUGUGAUUGUAUGUUUCAACCUAUGUAAACUUUGGCUAAAUUAAAAUUGAAAACUAAUUCCAUAAAAUACAGGUUCGUUACAAGUACAAUUUUAAUGUAAAAUUCUCCAUGUUUUUGUCCAAGUAUUGAAGGCAGUAAUAGCUGGGAUUGUCAAAAUUGUCACAAAUAAGUAAAACAUUGUCAAACAUGUGAAAGGUAGUGUUUAGGUUGAAUAGCAUUUAAAAUAAAAAUCUCGUGCUAUAAAAUAAAAUGUACAAAUUACGUGAAAACUACGGAUACACACUUUUUGGGAGUUAAUAUAAGUAUAUGUUUAUAUUUAAAAGAAUUUUGUUAUUUUUCGAAUUAUUUUUUUAUAUUUGAUUUUUCAAAUAAAUAUUCCCUCAUCAGAUGUGUGUCUCUGUAGUUUUCAUUAUCUAACAUUUUGUAUGUAUUGAAAAUAAAAUUAUUAAAAGAAAACUUUAUAUUAAACGAACUUUGGCUCUUGAAUUAAAAUUUAAUCAGUGCCAGGUAAAAGGCUUUGUCAUGAAAAAUUUCACUAAUGAGAAAUAAUAUACAUAUGUAUCUUUACUUUGCACGAUUUUUCAACACUUAUUCCUUCUGUACAUUUAAUUUGAUACUAUAACCAGUUAUCAAAUUUUUAGUAAAAUAGAUGAAAUUAUUAACAUUUAGUAAUAAAAGCAACAAUUCCUUAAUGAUGCACAUCAACAAAUAGCAAAAAAACGUGAUUUUAGACCUUAUAAAAGAAAGUUAUAAAUAUAGAUAUGCAAAAAGAGUUUAUUAAAAGUUAGUGAUUUUUCAAUGCAAUAGUUUUUAAGAAAAUGUAAAUUCUCCUAAUUCAAGUAUAAGCGACAUUUAUCAUUUAUAAUUUAGGUAUACACACCCGUACGAGGUGUCCUUUAAAAUGGUAUUGAAGUUUUGAAAAAACAAAAAGCUGCAUCAAUAUUUUCAGCUUCAUGCAUGUCCCUCUAAUCGAGUUUACGAAAGUAUAUACGUACUCAUUGUAAAAAAAAACUUUUAAUUUACAAAUUUAAAUGUAAAAUUUUCAGUGUUUAUACCAUUUGUUUUUUUGACUCGAGUAUACACUUUUACAUUCAAAUAAUUUCCACAUUGCAUGUAUAAAAAGUAAAAAAACAAAAAAAAAAAAACAUAAAAAAAACAAAAAAAAAACGAAUAAAUCAUCGGUGUAAAUAAACGCUCACAAAUAUAAGCAUAAAGAAUUUAGUUAGGAUUUUAAUUUUCUAAUGAAAAUAGCUACACAUA